GGCAGAUGAAUAUUAUCUUCUGGAGAGGGCGUUCCUUCACGGGCUCGAGCCAGAGUGUGUGUGAUGCGACUCCACACAGAAAACUAUCUGACAGUCAUUCAUUACAAAAGCUGCUCUGUGGCAGACCACUGAAUUGAGCACAAAAAAUGCCACAAGACUGCAUGAGUCUGACAAGCGGAUGCAGGUGAAGAGUUGAUUUCGAACAGAGAAUCGAUUGAAUAAUCUGAUGGAGCACAGCGAGAGGCAGCGACGGGCGCUUCAUUUUGAACUAUGGCAGCAAUUCUGAUCUAAAUUUUGAUUAUGGGAAAACGUGCCAUGCUGGAGUACAGCGACGAAUUAAUGGAUAUGAGGAUAAAAACCAUCCAGCCUCGAAACUUUGAAGUUUAUUUAGUCGCUACCAGAGGGUGCAUUCGUUUUAAGGCUGCUACCUGUGCAGUGUGCUAUCAAUUAACACCAAACCGACUCGCUUAUAUCAUUUGGUAGGGUUUUAAACCAACAUCGGAAGCUUUUGGAGGUAGUUUUUUUUUUUGCAGGUUUCUCAACUGCAGCCGUUCAAAUGCUGGAAUGGAUUGCUGUUGCUUGCUUUAUGGUUUUAAUGGCCAUACUCUGGCCAGUGGUAAAGUGUUUUGGAGCGAGUCACUCCACGCUGCUUCUUCCACGGCGCGAGAGCAGAAGAUCCUCGGAGAGAUGCGACUCGAAACCUGAGGGACAAGGUGAAUCAGACGCGCUCGACUUGAUAUGCAAACCAUCUGCACUGGCAAACUACCUUCUCAAACAUUGCAUGAGUUUUUGCAAGUCUCUAUCGAUACCAAAAUGGAACUGGCGAAUGAGUUCGUCUUUGCAGACUGUUUUCGGCGCUUUGUGGCCGUUUGACUGUCCGGUGCAUUUCAUCCGAGAUCAUUUGCAGUUGAGUGAUGAUGGACUCGUGGCGUUGGAUUGGGCUGUUGUUGGUGCAGCACAUCACAAGAGGCGCAGGACCGCCAGUAAUUCCACAAGCCCAGUUCUGCUCAUCAUUCCCAACUCUUUUGGGAAAAUCACGAGGAAUGUGCUAAAGCUCUGUGAGGCAGCUCUGAGUCACGGCUACCUCCCCGUGAUCUUCAACCGCCGGAGUCAAAACGGGACGCCGCUCUGUACUGUGAAGCUGCAGCAGUUUGGUGACCCGACUGACCUGAGGGAAGCGGUGCGCUACAUUCGGUACCGACAGCCGGCAGGCCAGAUCUAUGCCGUGAGUGAGAGCACUGGUUCAGGACUCUUGCUGUCCUAUUUGGGGGAGUGCGGCUCCUCCAGCUACGUGACUGCUGCGGCCUGCCUGUCUCCGGUUUUCCGCUUCCAGAGCUGGUUUGAGAGUGGCCCGACCUGGCUGUUCCACUGGGCUCUACUGCUUUACCAAAAAAUCUGCCUCAGCAGGUAUAGAACGGUCCUCGGGGAGCUUGUCCACACUGACAACUUAUUCUCCAGCUGCUCUUUGAAGGCAAUGGAGGAGGCACUUUUCUGUCAUUCAGGUUUAAAAGGGACGACGACGGAGGGAGCAGGUAGCUGGGAGGCAUACUGGGAACAUAACGACCCACUGAGGGACAUAGAUGAAGUGGCCAUUCCUGUGCUGUGUGUGUGCAGCCAGGACGACCCCAUCCGUGGGGACCCUCAGGUCACGCUUCCAUUAGAGCUUUUUGAGAGCAACCCACAUUUCUUCCUGCUUUUGACUGCCCACGGAGGCCACUGCGGCUUCUCCACAUCAGACAAGGGCCCGACAGUCUGGAGCCAUCAGGCCGUGCUGGAGUUCUUUCGGGCCACCACUGAUUUCUUUGCCGCUGAGGAGCGCGCCAAACUGGCGGCCCGACGGAGGGGUCUGAGUGGGGCUGGCAAGACUUUCCGCCAUCGCAGCGUCAGCACAUGCAAAAGACUGCCCGUCUGCACACAUAACAUUCACACCAUUUACAACUGGCAGCGGUCCUACACCAGAUGAUGCUGUGCUCGCAGGCUCCCCACUUUCUUUGGGAUUAUGGAGAGACUGAAGUAGCAAAGAACACUGCCAGAAAAGGGGAAAUUAGAAAGCAUUGUCUGACCUAUAGUUUGUUGCAGCCAAGAAAACAGCAGCAGAGUCAAAAUAUCUGUUUACAUUCAGGACUAUUUAAAAUUUGGACUACCAUGGUCAACAGACGGACAGUGCCUGUCUUUAAGGAUGUUAAAACGCUAGAUUUUUAUCUACCGUAUUUUUCGGACUACAAGUCGCACCUGAGUAUAAGUCGCAUCAGUCCAAAAAUAUUUCAUGAUGAGGAAAAAAACAUAUAUAUGUUGCAUUUAUUUAGAACCAAGAACCAAGAAAAAAC